AGCCAGCCAAGAGAAGAGAUGGGGAGGAAGCCAUGCUGUGCCAAGGAAGGGAUUAACAGAGGGGCUUGGACUGCUCUGGAAGACCAGAUCCUUGUGUCCUACAUCAACACUAACGGAGAAGGCAAGUGGAGGAACAUCCCCAAGAAAGCAGGCCUGAAUCGAUGCGGGAAGAGCUGCCGCCUGCGGUGGCUCAAUUACUUGCGGCCCGGCAUUAAGCGAGGUAACAUCUCCGCCGACGAGGAGGAACUCAUCAUCAGACUCCACAAACUCCUGGGCAACAGGUGGUCUCUGAUCGCAGGACGCCUGCCAGGGCGAACAGACAAUGAAAUCAAGAAUUACUGGAACACAACUUUGGGUAAGAAAGUUCGGGGAGCAUCCAAAGCCAACAAAGAUGACCUGGAUCCAUCUCCGGAGAGAGGAGGGACAGAAGCGGCUCCUGGUCCAGAUAAGAUCGCCGCCAUCAUCCAAACCAAGGCCCAGAGGUGCACCCGGGCAUUCUUCCAGCAAGAGCAGCUCCCACUUCUCCGACCAACGCCGGCAGCGGCGCCGCAGCCGUCACUCGAUUAUUUAGUGCAGCUCCAACAGCUGCUGCCAUCAGUUGAUCCCUCAGAAGAAUUGCUGCUCCAACAGGAGGCUCAAAAGAGUGCAGAGGAGGUACUGGUGGAGGAUCCGGGCCUCACCUUGUCGCUUGACGACGAGGACGACGACGGCUUCUUCUUCCAGGGACUGAACGAGAAUUUGCUGGAGGCGGAAGGUGGCUUUGAUCAGCUCCACGCCGAAUUCGACCUCACCUCCAUGGAUUCACUUCUUGUUGGGGAGAAUGAGUGGAUGAACUUACUGGACUUCUAGCCGGACAGCUGUCUGCGGAAGCCAAACGAACCAUUCCACGCUCUCGUCGAGUCUUUGUAACUAUAAUUGCUGAACACAUUUACUAAA